UCCGAUGCCUCCUAUAUAUACAGACAAGCUGCGACAAAGGGGGGGCAGUCAAAAUCUCUCAGGACCAGGACAGACCAGCACAGCUUCCCCUGCACUCUGGACUCCACUUUUAAACUCCCCAAACUAAAGGAUUUACUUCUUUCCAGGACAAAAACCAGCCAUGAGGGGAUGCUUUUCCAUCGAGUGGAUGGCCCAGAGCAGCCAGCAGCCCGCGGGGACGGAGACCGCCUCGGCCUCUGGACCGGGACCGGGACCGGGACCCGCCGCCUGUGGGACGUACGCAGAGAGUCUGCCGGGUUUUUACUGCAGACAGAAGUGUGGAAAUGGAGCCCAGCAGAAGGAAACCCAGAUCCAGGACCUCGAUGCGUUCAGCCCGAGACCCCGGCAGCACCGGGCCUCUCUUAAAGACCCAGCGACUGAGGCGGGUUUCAGCAGCGGGACCGAGGAGGAGACGUCCGGCUACGAGAGCGAGGAGGGUCAGUCCCUCUCCCCCCCGGCCCCCGCCGACUGCCCCUCCCCCCCAUCGCCUGCGUCGGGGCGGAGGCCUCGGACGGCGUUCACGGCGGAGCAGAUCAGCAGUCUGGAGAAAGCCUUCAAGAGGAACGCUUACCUGGGGACGCAGGACAAGGCCGACCUCUGCAGGAAGCUCAGUCUGUCGGACAAACAGACCUGA